AUGCAGGUCAUCAUCUCCAUCAUUAUCCUCAUCACAGCGCUGGCGCACGCUGCACCAACAACCAGCACCACACCAACAUCAUCACUCUCGCGACGCGCCGUCAAUCCAGCCCUGGUCCCAUCAUAUGGCGUCACGCGCAACACCAAUGCCAACGCCAAGCAGCGCGGCAGCUGCGACGGUUCCAACGGCCAAAAGACAGUCCUGAUACCCUGCACCUGCCCACCCGAGAGGGACGCGUUCCUCUCCAAGCUCUCGACGGCCGUGGCCCAGGGCAACGUGUUUGGUGAAAAUAUCACAUUUAGCGAAGAUGCGGCCGACCAGUCCGAGGCCACAAACAAGAAGCGCGCCACGGCCAUGCUCAUUGUCCUACAGAGCUUCAACGGCACAAAGGGCAGGGGCUGCCCGGGAGCUUCGGCACCGAAUUUCCUGCUGCAGCAGAGGGAUGGGAAAAAGAGGACUUAG